AUGGUUUCCAAAAUGAAAGAAAGUCAAGCUAUUAGAGCGCUCCUUCUACUCUCAUUUCUUGUUCUAGCAACCAGAGGAAUAGAUACGACUACAAUGGAAAGGGAAAAUGAUAGCCAGAUCCUUGCCCAUCGAAAAGUUAAUAAAAUUGUCAUGAUGGAAGGUGGAGAUGUAUAUGAUUGCAUUGAUGUGAAUGUCCAGCCUACUUUGGGCCACCCAUUGUUGAAACAUCACAAAAUUCAGAUGGAACCAAGUUCUUUACCUGUUGGACAGAGGAUAAAAUCUCCCUCCCCAAAUGGUGUUUUACAAGCACAUCUGUCGAUCGUCGAAUGCCCGACGGGGAUGGUUCCAAUUAUACGUAAUAAUAGAAGGGGCCAUAUAGCGGCACACAUUACCGAGCAAGUGAUUAACAAGGAUGAACAACUAGAGAUGGCGGGAAUUAGAUAUUCAGAUGAUUUGUAUGGGGUACGAGCUACCAUAAAUGUGUAUGAGCCAAAGGUGAAGAAAGAUAGCAAGGAUAUUAGUCAAUCAGGUGUACUAAUUGAUAAUGGACCAACGGGUCAGGAAGAAGGUGUAGGUGCUUGUUAUUCGGUAGCUCCAAACUCCACUGGUGAUAGCUUUGCAAGGUUUCAUGUUAUUUGGCGAGAUGGCAAACUACACAAGCCCUGCUACGAUCACGUAUGUCCUGGUUUUGUGCAAGUUAGUCACCGUGUUGGUCUUGGAGGAAGAGUACUUCCUGUUUCAGUCUAUAACGGACCACAAUAUGUGAUAGACAUUUACAUUUUCAAGGACCCCAAAAUAGCAAAUUGGUGGGUGAUGUAUGGUGAAGAAAAGACACCGGUUGGAUAUUGGCCAAGUUCACUCUUCUCUCACUUUAAAGAUAAAGGGAUUUAUUCAUUCUGGGGCGGUUUUGUUCAAGGCCCAACAGCUUCAUCAGACUCUCCACAAAUUGGUAGUGGGCAUUUUGCCUCUGAAGGGUAUGGAAAAGCAGCUUUUAUGAGAAGCAUCCAGAUUGUUGACAAAAAUAACAAGCUUGUCACUCCAAAUAGUCACAAAGACCUUGUUGGAACUACUGAUAUAACGAAAUAUAGUAUUGAUGGUUAUAAAGUUGAUAACCAUGGUAUGCAUAUGUACUAUGGUGGACCAGGUAAUAUGGUCUGA